AUGUCUGACGGUGAGUGCUCUGGCGUCGUAGUCCCACUCGGGGCCAAGCUCGCAUCGGCUGACUCCCCCUCACACCUCCACCCACCUGGGCCACCUCUGGCCACCUCUGGCCACCUCGCUCCACACCUCCAACUCGGCCUCCUAGCCAACGACCCCCGGCUGGACCAGUUCGUCUCCAUCACGGGCGCCGAUCCGAGUCGGGCUCGCUUCUUUCUCGACAGCGCCAACGGGGACUUGCAGGUCAGUGUCAUCAUUCAUGAGCCUACUCUCGGCCUUGGGCUGGCAUCAAUGGAGCUCCACACCUCCCUCGGAGUACCUCCCAAGACUGACGGCCGCGCUUCGUCAUACCCGGUCAUGAUGACCCCAAUCUGCCUCGUCCAAGCCAAACUCGACUGAGCUUUUUUGUUUUUUGUUGGUGGGUGGGUGCCCAUGACAGGUCGCCAUGGCCAACUACUUUGAGCACGCGGGUGAUGACUCGGGAGGCAACGACAUCGACGUCGGCGAUGACGAUGACGGUCUCGACGAUCAGGAUGCGCAAUUGUUACAACCUGCUACUCGAACUGCGGGUUCUACGCCCGCCGCAACCUCAUCAUCGUUCGCUCGAAACCCCUCGUCCUCGUCCUCGGGACUCGCUCGGGGAGCUCAUACCUUGAGCGGAGAACCAGCACCCCCGCUUCCAGCCGGCUGGGGAGCUGCAUCAGGAUCCUCAUCGAGGUAGGCCAUCGUUCGACAUCUCUCAAAGCACGUUCGGAACAGCGUGGACUGACACUCUGGGGUAAUCGCCGUCUUGCAUCGAUAGCACUCGCUCUUCUACGCCGUCAAACCCGAUCCGCUCCAGUGGCGGUCCUCGAGUGGCAGGCUUCCGUGAUCUGGCUAGUGCAGGUCGACCCAGCAAUUCCAUCUCGUCGCAUGGUGGAAGUGGACCUCGCAUCGGCCGCAUCGGCCGCAUCGGUCAAACUAACGACGACGAUGACCACGGUCGCUCCGGCGGCAACGAUCCGCAAGAGUUCUUUGCAGGCGGUGGCAAGAGGUGUGUCUUCACGUCGAGGAGACCUGCCAGCUGUGUGUACGAUUGUCUGACCGCGUGUAUUCGCACUAUCCUCGCAGUGGUCUCUCGGUAGAGAAUCCGAACGCGAACCGAGGCAAGUUUGAGGACACAAUCAAGGGUAUUUUCGAGAAGGCGAUAGAGUGAGUUGGGCGCGUGCUCGAGCCUGUGUGCACUCUGGCGCGCGAGCUGAACAACUGUCUAUCGGCGGUCAUGUUUUAGAGGUGCAAGACGAGCUGCUGGCGGCGGGGAGUCGUCUGAAGGUGCCAGCCCUGCAAAUCCCCGAGGCGUUUUCGCAGGAGCCGGUAAGAUUCCUUCAUGACUUUGGGGCCAGCGUGGGAGCGAACGCUGACCCGGAUGCUGCUGUGUGGAACCGAUAGCCCAUACACUUGGCUCUGAUGAAGUCGCCUCGUCUUUCAUACCCGACCCGGCCAGUGCGAAGAAGGAUGAUGACGACGACGACAAUGACAGCGAAGGCGAGCAAGAAAUUGCGAUCCGCAACUUGACCUUUUGGAAAGACGGCUUCUCGAUCGAAGACGGCGAUUUGAUGCGCUACGAUGAUCCUGCCAAUGCUGAGGUACUCCAGGCGAUCAAUGCUGGGUGAGCCGCUGCCUCGCGCGCUAGCCACCGAGUGUCUUCUCACGCGCUGACCCAACGACUUUUAUCCCUACCGCCUGCCACAGUCGCGCGCCUUUGUCCCUGUUGAACGUCCGCCACGACCAGCCUGUCGAAUUGCGAGUGGCUCGUCGCAUGAGUGAAGACUGGGUGCGCCAACCUCCGCCGCCAGAGGGGCCGUUUGCCGGAUCAGGCCAUCGUCUCGGCUCGGAAGCGCCAUCAUUUGCAGCGGCGCCAUCCACUACGAGCCAUCAGCCGGCCUCGACAGCCUCUGCCGCAAUUAGCACGAGCUCCACUUUCCAAGUCGACCCAUCACAGCCUACUACGACCCUUCAAAUACGUUUGCGCAGCGGGGAGCGGUCAGUCGGCGGCUGAUGCAAGCAUGCUCCAAUUGAAGAGCGAUGUAUGAAUCAGAGCAAGGACUGACCUCUUGGAGACCGAAAACAUUUUGCAGCAUGGUCGCACGUUUCAACCAUACACACACGGUUGGUGAUAUCCGAGCCUACAUCAACGCGUGAGUAGGCAAACCAAAUCUGGAAGUCACUCGCAUCACAUGCUGAUCCAACAUCGUCUCUUCAUCCUGGAAUCGAUCCAGUUCGCAACCUGGUCAAGCGACGGCCAACUACGCGUUGCAAACAACGUUUCCUUCGCGCGACCUGACGGAUGAUAGUAAGACCAUCAAGGAUGCAGGGCUUCUGGGUAGCGUUGUUGUUCAGCGAGGGCUGUAG